AUGUCAGCUGUUUCAGCCUCGUUUAAUGGAUCAGGAACAGGAGGGGUCAGGCACAACAGGGGUCAGGCACAGCAGGGGUCAGGCACAGCAGGGUCAGGCACAGCAGGGGUUAGGGACCGCAGGGGUCAGGAACAGAAGGGGUCAGGCACAGCAGGGUCAGGCACAGCAGGGGUUAGGGACCGCAGGGGUCAGGAACAGAAGGGGUCAGGCACAGCAGGGGUCAGGGACAGCAGGGGUCAGGCACAGCAGGGGUCAGGCACAGCAUGGGUCAGCCACAGCAGGGGUCAGGCACAGCUAGGGUCAGCCACAAAGGGGUCAGGCACAGCGGGGGUCAGGCUCUUCAGGGGUCAGGGACAGCAGGGGUCAGGCACAGCAGGGGUCAGGCACAGCAUGGGUCAGCCACAGCAGGGGUCAGGCACAGCUAGGGUCAGCCACAAAGGGGUCAGGCACAGCGGGGGUCAGGCUCUUCAGGGGUCAGGGACAGCAGGGGUCAGGCACAGCAGGGGUCAGGCACAGCAUGGGUCAGCCACAGCAGGGGUCAGGCACAGCUAG